AUGAACAUUCAAUUCUUGUUUGAAAAAGGGAAAGGUUCUGUCGUCGACGAGUAUGGCAGCCCUGAACCAAUUGAUUAUAUUGUUGAUGAGGAACAGUUUCGUCUUGAAACAUUGAGCUCUCAUACACAAUAUUUAUCUCAACUGCCUCUGGAGAGCGAGAAAAGGAUAGAUACAAUGCAGGUAGAAAAGGAGGCAAAGCCUAAUGGUGAUUUUACUAUGAGGGAAACUUCAGUGAAACGAAACUAUACACACUAUUCUGAUCAGGACAAAGUGAGGUUCUUCAAGCUGUUGUCUGAGAGGUGUUUGAGUGCGGCUUCUGCUGCAACGCAGCUUGGGAUUCACGUUCACGAAGUAAUGAAGAAGUUAAAGCAAAUCUUUACCGAAUUAAAAGUAUCUAAAACUACUUUGUUUGAUUUUGUAAGACAACACUGCAAUCUGUCUCUCAAGAAAGCUCGACUUCAACCCAAAGAUCGGAAGAGCGAAGAAAAGAUUCAAGAGCGGUUGGAUUGGAUUCGUAAACGAAAAGGUACACCGGCAGUUGUUACUGUUACCAAAACACGAGCCACAACAACAACCAUUUUAGGCACGAUUUCUGCUGAAGGCCUAAUUAAAUGCAGCCUUAGACUUCCUCAGCCCCCAUCGAAUAAAAAGAGAAAGAGGGGAGAUGGCAUUGAGUGUGUGAACAAAGGAACGGCGCAAUGUAGCAAUGCAAAGGCUGUACCGGGUGCCAGAUCGUUUUUUCACCUUAGCUUCGCCAAAGCCAAUGCUAGUUGUGAAUUCCAAAUAGGGCUUUUCGCUAAUAACGGCAUCUGGCCGAGCCUUGCCUUUUUCUAUUGGCACCGAAUUUGUCUAACGCAAAUGUACGAGCUUGUCAGGGUCGCCCACAAGACAGGACAGAACAGGGUCAUAGAAUGUGCUCCAGAGCUCAGUUUCAGUGAUUGCAUCGUGAUUGUUAGAGGGAGUAUUGGGCAACUUCUGCAGUCUAAGAAAAAGCAAAAGGUGUUGUCAACCACAAUUCCCAAUGAUGCUCAAUGGUGCUUAGACCAUGCUGACCACCUCUCCUUCAAGAGCUUUAUCGAGACUUUUGACUUUUUGGAUAGACAUCGAGCUCAACAACGAUAUACCAGCAUCGUCUCCAAGUAUUUCAACUCCAAUUCUGAACGAGACAUGACGAUUAAUGCCAACUACAAAACAUGGACAAAUUCUGCUGAUUACUUGCAGUUUUGGGCAGACCUAGCAGGUGCUGAAUUGAUUGAAUCUGCCUUAAAUCGUCGCUUGGCGAUCUCCUCAUGCUCAGCAAAUGAAAAUAUUCAUCCAACUAUGAUGGAAACCAAUUCUGUUCAUCAAACAAAGGCAACUGCCUUGGCGGACUCUGAUGAAGCAGUAAUCAUCACUCAUGACGCCCAAGACGAUAGCAAUACCAAUGCAAUCAAGCUGGUUAUCAACGAUGACGUGAUUACCCUCCAUGAAAAUACUGGCAGCUGCAAGUCUGGUAGCCCAUUGACGUUCAAGAGCACCAAUGUUACCCAGCUGUUCAGGUCUUAUCAAGUCAUCAUCCGCGGAAUAAUCCUUAAACAUCAAACUCUUCCCAUUGAAUCAUAUAUUCACGAAUUGGCUGCCCACACACACACGCUUAUCCUUUGCAAGAACCAGCAUAGCCCUAUUGCCGAGAGAGUCUUCUCAAAGUCCCUGUUGAUUGCCCUGACUACUAAUCUGGUAUCCGAGCUUGUUGACUUCGAUCUACCGUUCCCCGAAGAAGACCUGUUUACCCUGACUACUACCCUCUUCAGCCUUGCCCUUGGAACAACAACCCGGGAGCAGAUCAUGCUUGAUCUUUACAUUAUGUCAUCGAAAAUAGAAUAUAGACCCAAGAGGAUCAAGUUGCCCAAUACUCCCUCGAACAACCACGAUGCAAUCACUGAAACUGAGCUCUGGAGCACAUACUAUGACCCUGUUCUGUCCUGUCUUGUGGGCGACCCUGACAAGCUCGUACAUUUGCGUAAGAUAAAUUCGGUGCCAAUAGAAAAAGGCAAGGCUCGGCCAGAUGCUGUUAUUAGUGAAAAGCCCUAUUUGGAAUUCACAACUAGCAUUGGUUUUGGCGAAGCUAAGGUGAAAAAACGAUCUGGCACCCGGUACAGCCUUUGCAUUGCUACAUUGCGCCUAAUUACUUUCUGUAAAAAUGCCAUUGAUGUCAACAAGUUGGAUGGAGCAAUAGCGCUUCAAAUUCAUGGUAUGCACACCACGUUUUUCUUAAUGCGAUCUGUGGCCACUGGUUUGUACACAUUUGUUGAAAUUGCCCACCUACAAUUUGCUGACAGCGUAGAAAAAUUGCCUUCCUUUUGUACCCUGAUGAAUGUCAAAAAGCUACUGGCUGUCAACAAUGUCUUUUGGCGCUACUGCAAGGAAUCCGCCCAGCCAAAGAAAAUCGAAGCCAGGGUAAUUCCAUCCCUUGGAGCAGACACAUAUAUACACACGAAAUAUUUACUAGAAAUCUUGGCUUGUUAUGAGAAGCUUGUAAGCUUUCGGAUAGAUUUCCGGGCAGCUCUCAGACGUGUACCUGAAAGCUUGGUAAUCAGUUUGUGUAUGUCAAAUAUUCCAUCACUUGAAGGCUUUGCUUCGUAUGACAGUGAGCACCAUAAAUCAAUUUUAUCUGAGGAGACAGAAUCUCAUCUCAUUAUUCUUAUGUUUUUUUUUGUACUAUUUCGAAAUAAUCUUCAAAUGUGGUGCUUUAUUUUGAUUGAUAUCAAUAUCAGCUGUGAGAAAUAUAUAAUUAUGUCAGCCAUAAAUCAAAACAUAGACUUCAAGCUUAUGGUAGAUGGAGGGGGUUCGUUGCGUCCUAGUUUCUUUUACUUUUUAUUAAACGAGGAACAUGACACUGUGUUCACCUUCCAAGGUGGCGCCAGCUGUAAUACUGGCUCGUAUACAACCUUAUGA